AUGAAUUGGAUUUAUCGGACUUUUUAUUUCCUUUUCUUACUGGCUUCCGUUUACAGUGAAUGUGUGACUCAGAUCUAUGAAAAUACAUUCUUCCAAGGAGGAGACCUCACUACAGUUUUUACACCGAGUGCCAAUUACUGCCAAAUAGUGUGCACUUACCAUCCUACCUGUCUGCUCUUCACCUACUUGCCAGCCACAUGGACUACAGAUCCUGCAAAAAGGUUCUCCUGCUAUUUAAAAGACAGCGAUACAGAAAUGCUGCCAAAAGUGGAUAUGGAAGGAGCUAUCUCGGGACAUUCUUUAAAACAGUGUAACCAAAUUAGUGCUUGCAGCCCAGAUGUCCAUGUAGGACUGGAUAUGGAAGGGAAUAUUUUUGAUAUUUCUAUGGCUGACAGCUAUCAAGAGUGUCAAAAACGAUGUACCAAUGACAACCGUUGUCAUUUUUUUACAUAUGCCUCUGAAAAUUUUCACAAUGCAAGCUUUUGUAAAAAAUGCUUCUUGAAACACACCAGCGUCGGAACUCCAACCAACAUAAAGGCACUUGAUGGGGUUGUGUCUGGAUUCUCUCUAAAGCCAUGUCAGCUUUCUGAAUUAGAUUGUCAAAUGGACAUUUUUGAAGAUCAAGUGUUUUCAGGAAUUAAUGUUACAAGCUUUUUCACUCCUGAUAUUUCUGUCUGCCAAACUAUGUGUACAUAUUUUCCAAAGUGCUUGUUCUUUACAUUUUUUACCAGGAAAUGGCAAAUAGAAUCUCAAAGAAAUCUUUGCCUUCUGAAGACAUCAACAAGUGGAAUUCCAGAGGAGCUCAUAUCACAAGAAAAUGCUGUAUCAGGCUUUGGCCUCCUAAAUUGCAGAAAAUCUUUUCCUGCCUGCACUUCUCGCACUUACAUGCAGAUGGAUUUUUUGGGAGAUGAACUUACUGUCACUUAUGCUAAAGGACACAGAGCCUGUCAGCAGGUUUGCACAGACAUGAUCCGCUGCCAAUUUUUUUCCUAUUCUCUCCUCCGAGAUUCAUGCAAUGAAGAAGGAAAGUGUGAGUGUCACCUAAGAAUGUCCUCAAAUGGAUCUCCAGUGAAAAUAGUACAUGGACCAGGAAGUAUCUCUGGAUACUCACUAAGGUUAUGCAAAAAAAAAGCCAGUACUGUGUGUAUGCAGCAUUCUGCAAGAACCGUCAGGAUCGUUGGUGGGACGGACUCGUCCCCUGGAGAGUGGCCGUGGCAGGUCAGCCUGCACGCCAGGCUGUCCCGCCAGAGGCACCUGUGCGGGGGCUCCAUCAUCAGCAGCCAGUGGAUCCUCACCGCCGCUCACUGCGUCGCCAGUCUAGAGAAUCCCAACAUUUGGCGUAUUUAUGCUGGCAUUUUGAGACAAUCUGAAAUAAAUGAGGAUACACCCUUCUUCAAAGUGGAAGAGAUUAUUGUUCACUCUCAGUAUAAAUAUGCACAUAUUGGAUAUGACAUUGCUUUAAUGAAACUCGCUGAGCCUAUGAAUUUUACUGAUCUUCAACUACCUAUCUGCCUGCCACCAAAAGAAGACACUAACAUAUUUUAUACUGACUGUUGGGUAAUUGGAUGGGGUUACAGAAAAGAAAAAGUCUGCACGUAACACAUGGUGUUUUUUUAUGUGAUUGUAUUCACAUGACUUUAGAGGUAUGUUGCUUUUCUUAUUCUGAAGAUUGAUUAUAGACCAUGCCAAUGACUUGUGUUUUGAUAGUAUAUGAGAUUUGAACUCCUCUGAUUUUAUAUGGAAGUAGGCCAAGAAGCUCUUAAUUACUAAGCUGUGGUUUUACAUCUCUUUAUUAUACUUUUAAUAUGUUUAUAUAGAUGUAUAUGCAUCACUUUAAAGAGAAACUUUUCCUUUAUACACGUGCCUAUCUGAAAGUUAUAGUUCAACAUGAAAUCUAACAAAUUUAGGCAGUUACUGUACAGACAAAUUUCUUCUGUUAAUUCCUAGAGAAAAAGCUGGUUUUAAAAACUCUUGUUUAGUCUAUGUGCAAUUUUCUCCAUCUUAAAAACUACUGUGACAGAGAGCAGCACAGAUUUGGCAACUGGGAGAUUUCAGACUUAUUGCAACACUUUACCAGGAAAUAAUAGUUACUAACACAAAGCAAUGCUAACAGCAAUGCUCCAAGGGGCAAUGUCCUGAGAGCCUUUCCAAUAUGAGCAUUUGUUGCACAUCAGAAGCGAGUUUUGAAGCUUUUCCAGCCAUGAGAAAGAAGAAGGCACCAUAAAAGCAUUUAAAUUAGAAGACAAUUCACGUUGUUCGCUAACACAAAGGAAGGAAAAUCAGCGUAAUGAACAUCUAUUGAUACUCCUGAAGCAGUGACAUUGUAAUACCAGCAUAUGGGGAUUUCUAGAGUUGAAUUUUAACGUUUAUUUUUUAGAACCAAACAUUUCUCAUCUCAUACUGCCUUCCACAUAGGUCGGGUCCAAGAUAUUCUUCAAAAGGCUCCUGUUCCCUUCAUGUCAAAAGAGGAAUGCCAGGCAAGGUACCGGAAGCGCAGAAUAGGAGAAAAAGUGAUCUGUGCUGGCUAUGAUGAAGGAGGAAGGGAUGCUU